GACAGUGAGCGUGCAGAAGAGGAAGAGUUCGCCGGAGGGAUUCAGAGGGCAGGAACAGGUGCGUCCAGUCUGAAUGUGACACACCUGUUUAGUGGGCGGAGCCACAGCAGGUGACAGACAGCCAUAACAGAAGACAGACGGGAGCUCGACAUCACUGAGCCCCACACAGACGUAGACGCAGGACCCGGGAUGUUUAAGAGGAAGGAAUACAGUCCCAUCAAGCCCGAGCAUCUGAGCAGAGAUUUCUGUGGUGUGAAGGAGAUGGAGUUCACGCAGUUCGUAAAACAAGUCGCUGUGGCCACCGUCCCUGACAGCGCGAAGGCAAGCCUCAUUGACAGCCGGCUGGAACAGAUCUAUUUAGACCUGCUGAAGUUAGAGAAAGACAUGCAGAACCAAAUGAGGUCUCCGUUAGAUCGCGCCGCACCCAUUGGAGACCUGUCCGCCAGAACCAAAGACCACGAUGGUUUUGUCGCAACUCUAAGAAACCUGGAGGCCGAGAAAGCAUCGGCUCAGAGGGACAUGGAGCCCCUGAUAUCCCAGAAACCCCUGGGGCCCACCACAUCCUCACUGCCUCUGAAGCUGAGCAAAGUCAACAACAAAUUCGACAACAUCACCACCCUCUCUGAUCUCUACCACAAGAAGAUCACGUCUUCCAUGUUCCUGGAGAAACAGAUCAAGAAGGUGUGCAAUAUGCUGACUGCGUUCGAGGAUGAUUUGGCUGCAGACCCUAGUGUGUUAGAUGAACCCAAUGCCAUCCGCAAUCACUCCGGACAGCUGCAGACAAUGAGUAAAGAGGUUAUAUCCAAGAAAGAUGACAUUCAGCAGUUGAACCGUGAGUUGGCUGUCACAGAGCAGGCAUGCAGCUCUCUGCAGAAGAUCUUCCAGGAGUAUUGCCCUGACAUCACCCACCAAGAGAACGAGGUCAGGAACUUGAGGAAUCGCUACUCCAACAUCAACAGCCAGCUGCAGCAAAGGACAACUCUGCUGCAAGAGGCCAUGAAUAAAAAUACAGAAUUUAACCGUGCCAUCCAGUCGCUCACUGCUUUCCUCAUCAAUAUGCCCAACAACGAAGUUUGGCCAGGUGAAAGUGUGUCGCAAAUCUAUGCCAAGCAGCACUCUCAGUUGAGGGCAGUUGAAGACAUCAAGAGAAAGCAGGAUGAUGUAAACCGGGUGGUGAAAAUUUCACGUGAACUUCAGGGCGUUCUUAACGAGUAUGAAUUUAAUUCUAACAAAUACCGCAGUGCAAUGGGAAAACCAGAAAUAAACACAAAAAGACUUGAUUACAUCACCCUGGCUGAAGCUGUGCAGAGGAAGGAAAGGGAUGUUGUGAACCUUUACUCUGAAGUAUCAGCACAGAAUAAUCAACUGCUGAAUCAAGUGAUAUUGGCCAAGGACCUCAUCAGCAAGAAUGAUGAAAUUGUGAGCCAUGUAGUGGUAAGGCAGCAACUUCAGAUUCAAAGUCAGCAAAGGGACUUGGACGAAGUUGACGGACUGAAGCGAGAACUGCAUGAAGAAAUAUCUCGCCGUGCUCAUGCCGAGAAUGAUUUAACGACCUACAGGAAACGUAUGAUGUCCCUGAAGAGUCGGAGAGGUGUUGAGCGUGUCGAAGAAAAGGAAACUGUUCAUUACUACCGUGAUCAGAAGCUGGAGGCCAACUUGGAAGCACUUAAGAGGAGGGUAACGGAAGAGAUAAAUAAACGAUCCGAAUUGCACACCGAAAUUGAGAUUGUCAACAAAAAAAUUGUCAGUUGUGAACGUGAAAUUGUCGAAGUGAAGCCCAAGCUGGUGACAAAGGUGCUUACUGAAAUUGAGCGUGAUCCCAAAUUGGAUAUUGAAGCCAAGAGGAUCAGGGAGCUCAUGCUCAAGCUAAGGGAGGAAAUUCGAGUGCACGAGAGUGAAACGGUACAUAUGAGAACGGAAGUUACUGUCCUGGAGAGCAAGAGGCCUGUGAUAAAAGAGAAAUUGGUUUUGAAAGAGGUUGUGAAACUAGAAAAAGACCCUGAAAUGCUGAAAGCUGUGUUAAACUUGAAGAGCGAGAUCUCUAAUGAAGGUGUCAGAUGCCAGAACCUGAACGAUCAGAUAUUCCAGAUAAGGAGUCAGAUCAAUAAUCUGGAGAGGAUUAUUCCAACUAUACAACCGAAAACUAUCAUCAAGGAGGUGAAAAGGGUGGAGCAGGAUGCUGAGCUCCUACAAGAGUCCAAGACCCUCCGUGUACACCUGGAAGAACUGGUCCGUGAAUACAAUAUUAUGAUGAAAGAGUUCUCCAGCCUUCAGCUGCGCUACAGCCAAGUGGAGACCAUCAAACAAAAGAUAGAGUUUAAUGAGAUCAUCCAUGAGAUCUACAGGAUUGACCCUGAGACAGAGGUGGAACUGAGACGGCUGAGAAACGAGCUUCUUGAAAUAAGCAGACGUCGUACUAGCAUUGAGAAUGAGAUCAAUGUGAUCAUGGUGGAUCUGAAGACUCUGCGCUCCGAGAAGCCAAAGGUUGAACUGAAGGAAGUGACUCGAGAGUUGGUGAAAGAAGAGAGGAGUCCUGAAAUUGUCAAAGAAAUUAAGAGGUUGAAUGAGCAGCUCACCAUUUUGAGAACCAAUUUUGACUCCACUAUGAAUCGGGUGAUUCGUCUACGCAAGGACAGGGAUGAGUGGAAGUCUGAAAGAUCAAAGGUGGAGACCAAAGUGGUGACCAAAGAAUUGAUAAGGUAUGAAAAUGACCCUCUUCUGGAGAAGGAAGCUGAACAUCUCAGGAGGGAAGUACGAGAGGAAAUUCAACGUCGCCGAACGGUUGAGGAGAAUGUGUUUGACCUUAAAAACAAGUACAUUGUGCUGGAGAGACAGAAACCAGAAGAAAGGGUUGUGGUCCAAGAAAUUGUGCGCCUCCAGACAGAUCCCAGUCAGAUUCUGGCCCACCAGAGGUUAGUCAAGACUUUGGAGGAGACCAUAAAGGGUCGUAGGCAGCUAGAACUGGAGGUGCAGCAGAUGAGAUCUCUAGUCCUGGAGCUGGAGAAAAAGCUGGAGCUUGUGGAUCGGCAGAAGAAGAUCCAGGUAGAGACAGAGCUGAGACAAAUCAAGGCUAGGAUCUAUGAACUUGAAACUUGUCCAACACCUGUUGAGGAAAAGAUUGUUAUAGAGGAGGUUUUGAAAGUUGAGAGAGACCCUACAGUUGACAAACUAAUCACUGACCUUCGCGUUACCCUGGAAAAUGAAAGUUCCAGCUUUUCCCGUCUGGAGAGAGAGAUUCGAAACCUCAAAAUCAGGAUAGAGUCUCUGACCAAAGAGAAAUCUGUGGAGAAGGUCAUCCAUAAAGAGGUUAUUAGGGUUGAGAAGGACCAAACGGUGGAGGCAGAAAGAGAAAACCUUAGAGCCCAACUCACCCAGUUGAAGAAUGCAAGAGCCCUCAAAGAUGAAGAACUUCUGCGACUCAACAACAAAAUAACUCGAAUUCAGACAACCAGAACAACUUUCUCUCAAGAAGAGACCACCUUGAUUGUGUACAGGGAUAGAAUCAAGAAAGAGAUGAAUGAACUUCUCCAGGAGUUGAGAAGACUAGAGUCCCAAAAACAGGAGAUCACCAUAACUUUCCAACAUCAAUCCAAGCUCUUGAGUGAGAGGAACCAAGUCAGCAGGCAAAACAGCAUCAAGCUGGAGUCUGAAGUCCAGCGCCUGGAGAGAGAAAUCCUGGAAGUGAAAGAGUUUAUCAACCGACUGGAAAUUACUAUCAUGGAGCUCCAGAAACAAAUAAAGGAGACGCACCACACAGAGACAAACACCAGAGAGACCAACGUCUCCACCAAAGUCACAAUUCUGGACCCAGAGACUGGCAAAGACAUGUCAGCCUAUGAUGCCUAUGUUGAAGGUCUGAUUGAUCGCAAUCAGUACAUCCACUUCCAAGAGCUUGAGUGUAGUUGGGAGGAAAUCACAACCACUGGUCCUGAAGGUGAGACCACGCUUCUGCAGGAUCGUAAAAGUGGAAAGCAGUACUCCAUCGAGACAGCCCUGAAAAAUGGCAGACUGACCAAGAAUGAGCUUCAGCGCUACAGAGAGGGCAAAAUGUCCAUUUCAGAGUUUGCUCUUCUGGUUGCAGGGGAGAAGAAAUCAACAUCCCUCCCUCCUCUAAGUUCAACUCAAACAACAACUGUUCAGACACACGCCCCAACAAGCCAGAGCUACAACUCCUCUUCACUGACACGUCGCCUGUCCUACUCCAGCAAUAGCAACUUAAACUCACUGUUGAUCACCAGUGGAGAUGAGCUUUUCCCGAUUUCAGGCAUCUUAGAUGUCACCACAGACAGCCGCAUGUCUGUACGAAGUGCACUUACACGCAAACUGAUUGAUCAAGACACAGCAAUGAGGCUUCUGGAAGCUCAGGCUGCCACUGGAGGUAUUGUGGACCUGAACAAGAAAGACAAACUCUCCAUUCACAAGGCAGCAGAGUGUGGAUUGAUUGAGUCAAGCCAUCUUCACAAACUCCUCAGUGCCCAGAAGGCCUUUACUGGCUUUGAAGACCCUGUGUCCAAAGAGCGAAUGUCAGUGGGAGAAGCUGCCCGAAGGGGAAUGAUUCCCAACGACAGUGCCAUGUGGUUCAUGGAGGCGCAGAUGCUGACUGGUGGACUGGUAGACCCAAAACGAGCAGGUCGUAUUGACUUGCAAAAUGCUGUUAACACAAAACUGAUCGAUGCAUCUAUGGCCAAGCAACUUCAGGAUGAUUCGACCUUCGUGAAGAAUGUGUUUGACCCCACCAAGAAGGAAAAGAUCACAUAUAAGGAGGCCAUGGCUCGAUGCAGGAAGGACUACACCACAGGGCUGCUCCUGCUCCCUGCUGCCUCAACCGACACCGUUGACGCUCCAUCCUAUUCCAGCUACAAUUUCUCCAAAAGAUAAAGAUCACCCAAAGAGUGAUGACAGAUUUAAGUGCUGCAUAGCAAGGGGCUUUUAAUUCUAGGGCUUUUUUCAUAACCAUAUAUAAAAUGAAUAUUCUCUGGUGCCUCUCAUACUGAGUAGUUUAUCUUUUCCUGUCUUUGUUUUUAACAUGCAGUUACUCAUUAUUUUCUGGUUUGUCUUGAUGAAUGGGCUAAAUUGCUUUUUGAAAUUAAUAUAUAAUAAAAUAUCCUACUUCACGUA